GCACGUGACCGAAUAAAUCAUGUGACUGUGCGGAAGUGAAAAUGGCCGCGAUGGGACAGGAGGCAGCUGCUAUGGACAGCAUUUCUCGAGCGCCUCCGUCAGUGCUUCAGCUGAGGAGCGAUACCGAUAGCGGAGCAGAACCCGGACACGAAGAGGCGAGUGAAAAUGUAGCGCCUGCGCCGAGAAGACCCACCAACAACAAUGAUGGUGGAGUGGAAACGGCAGAAGAAGCUACAGAGCCGGCUGAGCCUGACAUCAACGAACUCUGCAAAGAUAUGUUCGAAAAGAUGGCUGUUUUUCUGCAAGGAGAACUCACAGCCACUUGUGAGGACUAUAAACUUCUGGAGAAUAUGAACAAGCUCACCAGCCUGAAGUACAUGGAGAUGAAGGACAUUUCGAUCAACAUCAGCCGUAACUUGCAAGACCUCAAUCAGAAGUAUGCGAGCUUGCAGCCAUACCUAGACCAGAUAAACCAGAUUGAGGAACAGGUCACCGCUCUGGAGCAGGCUGCGUAUAAACUGGACACGUACUCCAAAAAACUGGAGGCCAAGUUUAAGAAACUGGAGAAGCGCUGAGACGUGUGUUUGGAAAGAUGAAGGCCCAGUUAAAGCUUCGGUUCAGAUCAGCCCUUCUUGCUUCAGGAGUCUCCCCGGGCUCCUGCCGUGUUGUUGCUUCUAGUAUUAGUUGGUUUCCAAUAGGAUCCAGAAACACACCUUCAGGUUUUUUGGAUACACACAGUUUUCUGAUUAGUUCCUGAUUUUGCUCGGAUGGACUCCCAAGUCCAGAAAAGACUCCAAGAAGCCUGUGCACUGGUUCACAUAAGCAUGGACAUUGUGGACUUUAGUUUAGUGUUUGAUGUGAGUCCAGUAUCCAAUAAUCUUUCGGCUGAUGUACUGAAGGAAACGUGCUGCGUUGGGUGUGUGUGUGUGUGUGUGUGUGUGUGUGUGUGUGUGUGUGUGUGUGUGUGUGUGUGUGUGAAUCCGACUGAACUGUGUAAUGACAAAUCAUGAAUAAGGAUGAGGUAAUUGAUAGUAGUGGGUUAAAAAAUAUGACAGAAAUGUCCCUUGUAUCUGAUUUUCUAUUUAAUAUUGUACUAAGUUCCCUUAUAUCUGUAAGGUAUUAAAUUGGGUGACUGUAAAUGCAAA